CAGGGGAAACAUCGGCGGCGCUGCUCCGGGAACGGAGACAUACGGAGCUGCUCACAUUCGGGACUCGAAAUUGGAGAGGAUUAGGGCUUUGGAGGGAGAAAUUGGAGAGGGAUAACGCAUACUGAGGCGAGAAGGAGUGGAAUUUGAGGGCAAGCGCGUGAUGAUUCAUUCAGACGAAAGAGAGAUUCUUUUUUUGGAAUGCUUCCUCCUCCUCCUUCAAGCUCUCUCUCUCUCUCCCUCUCUCUCUCUCUCCUUCUCUGGAGGAGACGAUCAUCGUACGCAAGGAAUCCUAGAGAGGGAUUGAGAGGGACAGCGAGUUUUGUUGGUGACGCACGGAGGUUAGACACAGGAGCCAAAGAAAAAAGAGGUUGUGGAAAGGAUGAGGAUGUGCAAGUGGAUGUGCUGUACUUGUCAAAUUCAAGACUCUCAUGAAGAGGAACAUUUGAAAUCUUCUCACCAGCAUCAUCAUCAUUCUGAUGCGGCAAAUCACAAGAAUCCUAAACCACCAGCUCUUGCAAAGCCUGAGGUGCGCAAGGAACCUCUUCCCAUCGAGGUUCCUGCCUUGUCCUUGGAUGAGGUCAAGCAAAAGACUGAUAAUUUCGGAUCCAAGUCCCUCAUUGGUGAAGGCUCUUACGGAAGAGUGUACUACGGCACACUGAAUGAUGGCAUUGCUGUUGCUCUCAAGAAACUUGAUGCCGCACCUGAAGCCGAAUCAGACGCCGAGUUCUUGAGUCAGGUCUCCAUGGUUUCUAGACUGAAGCAUGAGAAUCUCGUUCAAUUGCUUGGUUUUUGUGUUGAUGGAAAGCUCCGCGUCCUUGCUUAUGAGUUUGCAACUAUGGGAUCGUUGCAUGACGUCUUGCAUGGUAGGAAGGGAGUGCAAGGAGCACAGCCAGGUCCAACACUUGACUGGACAACGAGGGUUAAAAUAGCAGUUGAGGCAGCUAGGGGUUUGGAAUACCUUCAUGAGAAGUCUCAGCCUCCUGUGAUCCACAGAGACAUAAGAUCUAGCAAUAUUCUUCUUUUUGAAGACUACAGACCAAAGAUUGCUGAUUUCAAUCUCUCAAACCAAUCGCCUGAUAACGCUGCUCGUCUUCACUCUACCAGAGUCUUGGGAACUUUUGGUUAUCAUGCUCCUGAAUACGCAAUGACUGGACAAUUAACGCAGAAGAGUGAUGUGUACAGCUUUGGGGUUGUACUUCUAGAACUUCUUACAGGGAGGAAACCAGUUGAUAAUAACAUGCCUCGUGGUCAACAGAGUCUUGUCACCUGGGCGACACCAAGACUCAGUGAAGAUAAAGUUAAAGAGUGCAUUGAUCCAAAGCUAAAUGCAGAUUACCCUCCAAAAGCAGUUGCUAAGCUAGCAGCGGUGGCAGCAUUGUGUGUGCAAUACGAAGCUGAGUUUAGACCAAAUAUGAGCAUAGUUGUGAAGGCACUACAGCCGCUUCUCAAACCUCCUCCACCUGCAGCAGCUCCAUCUUCUUGAAUCUUUUCUUUUCAUUUUGCAAACUAUCAGCAUCUGUAAUCACUACUGCCCUUGCCAAUAUAUGAAUGGAGUGGUAACUAUAAAGAUGAUAUUAUUAUGUUUCAUUUGAUGAUUGAUUAUACAAAUGAAUCUACCGAAUUCAAUUC